AGGAGGAGGAGGACGGACGGACAGGGCCAGCCUACUGUCCGCCCGCCGCCCGCCGUGGCGUAAAGAAGUUCCCGUGUGCCCACGGUCACCACCGCCCCACCUGGGCCACUCGAGCUUCCCCUCGGACCCCCAGUGCCCACUGGCCACCCUCAUCCAGCGUGCGAGCUCGCCUUCCGCUCCGCGGACGCCGUGGGCAUGGACUAUUCGUACGACGAGGACCUGGACGAGCUGUGCCCCGUGUGUGGGGACAAGGUGUCCGGCUACCACUACGGGCUGCUCACAUGCGAGAGCUGCAAGGGCUUCUUCAAGCGCACGGUGCAGAACAACAAGCACUACACGUGCACCGAGAGCCAGAGCUGCAAGAUCGACAAGACGCAGCGCAAGCGCUGCCCCUUCUGCCGCUUCCAGAAGUGCCUGACGGUGGGGAUGCGCCUGGAAGCCGUGCGCGCUGACCGCAUGCGAGGUGGCCGGAACAAGUUUGGGCCCAUGUACAAGCGAGACCGGGCCCUGAAGCAGCAGAAGAAGGCACAGAUUCGAGCCAAUGGCUUCAAGCUGGAGACAGGCCCCCCGGUGGGGGUGCCCCCGCCGCCCCCUCCCCCACCGGACUACAUGCUGCCCCAUGGCCUGCAUGCCUCUGAGCCCAAGGGCCUGGCCUCCGGUCCACCAGCUGGGCCGCUGGGCGACUUUGGGGCCCCGGCAUUGCCUAUGGCUGUGCCCAGCGCCCAUGGGCCACUGGCUGGCUACCUCUACCCUGCCUUCCCUGGCCGCGCCAUCAAGUCUGAGUACCCAGAGCCCUAUGCCAGCCCCCCACAGGCCGGGCCGCCCUACGGCUACCCAGAGCCCUUCUCGGGGGGGCCUGGCAUGCCCGAGCUUAUCCUCCAGCUGCUGCAGCUGGAGCCUGAUGAGGACCAAGUGCGGGCGCGCAUCGUGGGCUGCCUGCAGGAACCAGCCAAAGGCCGCCCCGACCAGCCUGCGCCCUUCAGCCUCCUGUGCAGGAUGGCCGACCAGACCUUCAUCUCCAUCGUGGACUGGGCACGCAGGUGCAUGGUCUUCAAGGAGCUGGAGGUGGCCGACCAGAUGACACUGCUGCAGAACUGCUGGAGUGAGCUGCUGGUGUUUGACCACAUCUACCGUCAGAUUCAGCAUGGCAAGGAGAGCAGCAUCCUGCUGGUCACCGGGCAGGAGGUGGAGCUGACCACGGUGGCCGCCCAGGCGGGCUCCCUGCUGCACAGCCUGGUGCUUCGGGCGCAGGAGUUGGUGCUGCAGCUGCACGCGCUGCAGCUGGAUCGCCAGGAGUUCGUCUGCCUCAAGUUCCUCAUUCUCUUCAGCCUCGAUGUGAAGUUCCUGAACAAUCACAGCCUGGUGAAGGAAGCUCAGGAGAAGGCCAACGCCGCCCUGCUCGACUACACCCUGUGCCACUACCCGCACUGCGGGGACAAGUUCCAGCAGCUGCUGCUGUGCCUGGUGGAGGUGCGGGCGCUGAGCAUGCAGGCCAAGGAGUACCUGUACCACAAACACCUGGGCAACGAGAUGCCCCGAAACAACCUGCUCAUCGAGAUGCUGCAGGCCAAGCAGACUUGAGCCCGGGCCAGCGCGGGGGCGGGGCCGGGCCGGGGCGAGGGGCGGGGCCGGGCCAGCGCCGGGGAGGGGGCCGGGCCGGGGCCAGGGGCUGGGCGCUGCGCCCCACGGCCUCUAGGUGGUUUACUUUUAUUACGCUGGCCCAGGACCCCACCACGUAGGCCGCUGCCCCUCAGCUCUCGGAAGCCCCGUGUUUGGGGUGGGCGAGGGUGAGCAGGGCCUGGCUGAGGGCAGGUGGUCCCCAUUCACCGCUGGCACUGGCCUGCCACUCAGAGUGCCCCAAGGAGGUGGCUGCUAGCCACUCCUUCCCUCCCCCUGCUCCCAGCUGUCUGUCCUGGAGUCUGGAUCCCAGGCCCAGGGAGGAGGUUCGGAUUCCCUGGUGGGCCUCAAUGUCCCUUGAGUCAGAGGUCAUCCCUUCGUCCUCUCCUGGGAGCAGAGGCAGAGAGAGGUCGAGUGGACAUAAGUGGGCGGGAGAGGAGUGGGUCUCCAGACCCCCUCCUGGAGACCAGGAGGGAAGCCCUCUGUUUUGUAAACUAAGGAGAACAGAGUUUGCAAACUUAGGCAAGGGACUGUUGGGCCCUGGAGGACACUGGGAGACUGGUUAGGACAAAAAGACCUCCUCCCUAAACCCUCUGCCCCAACUGACGUCUGCAGGGGAGAACUUUGACACGUUGUUAUCUGAAAAGCGUUUUGCUACAAUCAUCUUUCUAACCCUCUCCCGCCAGAGAAGUUUGGUUUGGCACAAUCGGCAUUCUAGCCCUGUUCACAGUUGGCCCUCCUGGCUGGUAUUUAUCUGCAAGGCUGUAGUCAAGAAGUUUGUUUUGUUUUUUGAUUUUAAUUUAGAUGCUCCUUGAAAGGUAUGUAUGUGGAGGGGCAGGGGACAGAUCUGAGGUCUGAGACUAGGGGUACUAACACCAAGGACAGCCCAUGGUUUCUCUCCAGACACCCUCAUACCAAGUACCCCAGGGGUGGUGCUGGGUCAUUAUUCCUGAGCCCCCACUCCAAUCCAGAGAAGAGACUGUCCCCCUACCUCACUAGGUGGACAGCAGCAUGGCCUGUGGGGAGCUCAGAGUCUCUGUGGGUGGGAAUCAGGGUGAUCUUGGGGGGAGAGUGUACGGGGCUUCAGAUCAGGGACAUUGCUAAUGAACCAUCUUUCACUGGCCCCAUCCCAUUGGGUUCCUUUUUGCACACCUUUGAAGCUGGACCUCAACUCCUCUCCUACAACCCGAAAGACCCUCUCCAGGGCCAGGCACCAGGGAGAGGCCUCAGUGUCCUCUGUCUCCAGGCCGGGUGUCCAUGGUCUGUCCUGCUUUCACGAUGCUGUUGCAGCUUGUGCUGAGCUUGCCCAGUUGCAGAUCGCUGGGCAUCCCUGCCCCUGCCUUCCAGCACCCUGUCUCAGUUGCCGCCCCUCUCUUCUGAAACAUGUGCCCCUGGCCAGGCUGGCGAUCCCGCAGCCCCCAAAUGAGAAGUGCCCUUAAGAACCCCUCAACCCUUGCAGCCCUGGAAUAAAUUUUGCAAUUAGUUUCCAGCUACUUUUGCCUAUUUA